GGGCAGCGGGAGGCGGGCACGCCCAAACCCUGGUGUUGAAUGACGCCCGUCUGUUGCUUCUUGUGUACAUCUGUGCGUCCUGCGAUUGGAUGAGGACCGGGUAAGGGACCCAGCGCUGGCUCGCAGAGGGCGGGUGGCAGGCCUGUUUAUAAACCCAGAUCUCUCCCAGUGGGCGGGAACAGCAACAGUAGAGAGUGAAAGUGGAGUGCGGGGAGAGGGAGACGGCGGAGGAGACGAGACUGUGGCGGCGGCUGAGGUUGACCGGGGCUCGCAGAGGGGGCGAGGCGGCCGCCCCUGUAUGCGUCUUCAAACGCGCAUGGACGACCACCUCAGCCUCCUGCAAUCACCCCCGCCAAGCGCAACCAAAACCCGGGGCGACAAUCUUGUGAACCACGGCUACACCGAGACAGAGGCCGACGUGAUGACGGUGGUGGCGUGUGACAACAUGCUGGAAGAGUCGGCGGCUCUCCCGGGCCACCACUCUCUGGACCGAUAUGAACCGGAUCACGAAUGCUGCGAGAGGGUGGUCAUCAACAUCUCAGGCUUGCGCUUCGAGACGCAACUGAAGACCCUCUCGCAAUUUCCAGAGACGCUCCUUGGUGACCCCAAGAAGAGGAUGAGGUACUUUGAUCCUCUCAGGAAUGAGUACUUUUUCGACAGGAACAGACCCAGUUUUGAUGCCAUCCUCUAUUACUACCAGUCCGGGGGGCGUAUCAGAAGACCCGUAAAUGUACCCAUUGACAUUUUCUCUGAGGAGAUCCGCUUCUAUGAGCUGGGUGAGGAGGCUAUGGAGAAGUUCAGGGAGGAUGAGGGCUUCAUAAAGGAGGAGGAGCGGCCGCUGCCUGAGAAUGAAUUUCAGAGACAGGUGUGGCUGCUGUUUGAGUACCCGGAGAGCUCGGGUCCCGCGCGGGGCAUCGCCAUAGUAUCUGUCCUGGUCAUUCUCAUCUCCAUUGUCAUUUUCUGCUUAGAGACAUUGCCGGAAUUCAGGGACGAGAACAGAGACCCAAUCACUAUUGCGCCUGUGAUAAAUGGCACGAUCCCCUAUUUCAUCAGCCCAUUUUCUGACCCGUUCUUUGUGGUGGAGACACUCUGUAUCAUCUGGUUCUCCUUCGAGCUCCUCGUGCGUUUCUUCGCGUGCCCGAGCAAAGCCACGUUCUCCAAAAACAUCAUGAACAUUAUUGACAUUGUUGCCAUCAUUCCCUACUUCAUCACGCUGGGCACGGAGCUGGCAGAGAGGCAGGGGAACGGACAGCAGGCCAUGUCUUUAGCCAUCCUGCGCGUAAUUCGGCUCGUUCGGGUGUUUCGAAUUUUCAAACUUUCACGCCACUCAAAAGGUUUGCAGAUUUUAGGACAGACUCUGAAGGCCAGCAUGCGUGAGCUGGGCCUGCUCAUCUUUUUCUUGUUCAUUGGUGUCAUCCUUUUCUCCAGCGCUGUCUACUUUGCUGAAGCAGACGACCCAGAAUCGGGUUUCAAUAGCAUCCCGGACGCAUUCUGGUGGGCUGUGGUUACCAUGACAACAGUUGGCUACGGGGACAUGCACCCCGUAACAAUCGGGGGAAAGAUAGUGGGGUCUCUGUGCGCCAUCGCUGGUGUGCUGACCAUCGCUUUACCUGUUCCCGUCAUUGUCUCCAACUUCAACUACUUCUACCACAGAGAGACGGAGGGCGAGGAACAGGCUCAGUACCUGCACGUGGGAAGCUGUCAGCCUCUGGCAGACACAGAAGAGCUGAGGAAGACUCGCUCUUCUUCCUCCCUCAGCAAGAGCGAGUACAUGGUGAUAGAGGAGCACGGGAUCAACAGCGCGUUCAAACAGCAGCCAAACUUCCCCACCACGACCACCAACACCACGCAGCAAAACAACUCUCAGAACUGUGUAAACAUAAACAAAAAAAUCUUCACAGACGUGUAGUUUUUCUUAACAUCACGGCCCUGAACACAGGAAGAGGCGGCGUGUCAACACAGAGUCGUUGCGCACGAGCGUGUGGAAGCGACGGAAUAUCAGAUGGACAAAGAGAAAAGGGAGAAAAAGAGCAAAAACCCUGUGUAUUCAGAAAACGCUGCUUUGUGCUCCAUUCAAAGAAUCGGGCUUUCCUCAUUUUAGUAAUCCAAAUCCAUAAUUCUGUAUGGCUCCAUUCGCGCUUGGAGAGAGAAAGAGAGAGAGCUCCUUAAAGUAUUAGGUUUACUGUUCCUGUCUGAGAGACCUGUUGUGCACCGUGCAAUAGCAAAUCUACGAUCACAACAGGUAGAAAUAGAAGCUUUAUAACUGUGAACGAUGAGUGCAAAUGUAAAGACACUCACAUUGUAUUAACAUGCGUUAUGAGUCGUGAUUCCAGUCAUAGCCUAUGUAUAAUAUUCAGCAUCAUUUCAAUUGUGUGUGUGUGUUUAAACACAUGUAAUGUCUUUAAAAAAUAACACAGUUCUGCGUAUAUUAUUCGAUUAGACCGUUCUGUGCUCUGCCUUUACUGUGCGUUAAAGUCUAGUCCAAAUGCUUCUGUCUUACUUAAAGAGUCCUCCAUAAUUCCUUGAUAUAAAACUGUCCUCGUGGACGAUUGAAUGCGUAAGCAGCACCGUAUAAACAGCAACGUAUAAACAAAAGGAGCCAGCCGACUGUCAGUGUCUAAUUAUCGGUGCGAGACACACGUGCGAGAGGAGAAACACGGCGCUCUUCCACGCACACACACAGUGAUCAAAGAUGGAGCGUGCCUCUCUUUGGAUGCCUCAAAUAGAGCCCGCUGUGAUGCAGUCUCCAUGGUGACGGUCGUUUCCUCGGUAACCCCGGUCACCGUUACCAUGGCACCCUUGUUUCCACAGAAACCUCCCAGAUGGCUUGUAAGCAAUAUUGGAGAUUUUUAUCUUAAAAAGCGUGUCUUCGGUUUUUUAUAAGACUGUAGCGUGCGUAAAAUACAAGUCCAGGCAAGCCCAGCGACUCUACCAUGAUUCAACAAGCUCAAUCAGACUUUAACUUUGACAAAAAAUCAAAUCAAAGAAAAUAUGUGGUCAAAUAACACGAACUGCCCCCUUUUAAAUAUAACAAGCCAUAAAGGAUAAACCGGGAGAGGUGGAAGGAGAGGGAGCGUGUGAGGAAUUAUGAAUGGACUGGGAGCACGUUGUGUCUGGCUGUCUGGAGUGCAAUGCUGCGGGCGGCCGGCAGAGGUCGCCGUUCUCCCACUGAUGGAACAGGUGAGUUCUGGGCACAGCUUCUGUCUCUUUGAAUCAUCCCUUUGCCUUUAGGCAUUACACCAGUGUUUUACUGUUUGCAGAUUAACACAAGUGUUUUAUAGACUUGUCGAUUUAGGCAGGGCACUUCAAUCUGGAGAGUGACUCUCAGGAGGAUAAAUGGUUCAUUUUUUAAAUAACACCUCCAGUAUGUGCAGGUCAGACUAGUCCCUGACAUCAUAUUUAUUGUAAUUCUAUGCUUAAUAUCCCAAAACAGGAUGAGAGGGAAGUCUGUGUUUUGGUUUUGUUAUUGUUUGUAUUAAUCCUAAACAGUGAAGUGAUACCUCAGCAGGCAUCUGCAUUUCAAGACCCCACAAAGACUCAGAUGCUCAUGGGGUGUUUCCAGGUUGUUAUAACCUUCAGCUGACUUUGUCUGAUAAAUAUAUAAGGGCACCAACAGCAUGCCCAUCCAGCUUGUCUCAGGCCUGCCCCUAGUGGCGAAAAUGUACAAAAAAGGUGGUUCCCAACUGCUUUGUGACCUCAGUCUAUACUUCUCAAAGAUUUUAAACAACAGGUAAAUACAUACCAAAAUGUAAAAACAUUCAGUAAUAUUCUUCAUUAAAGAUCUGAUAAAUGUAGGGGAUUGUCGUUUAUGUCAUUUGAUUAAAAACAUAAAUAAUUAGUGUAUGAGCCAUUUUAUCUAUAUUAUUUUUUGGGGUUUUGUUUUGUUAUUCGCACAAUCACCACAAGGGGCACUUCAGGUGAAUGAGCAGGUAAAUACUACAAAAGGGACACAGGUGAAGCAGUGAUCUGGGGAACGGGAAAAGCACGCGGUUUUUACCGUAAUCUGACAUCACUCUCAUCUUCAUCACAAGCCACACCAUCAUAGUAAAUUGGACGUAUCUGUCUUUUUUUGUUUGUUUUUUAUUUAACCAAUAAAUGGCAAAAUAUAACUAAACACCAAUCUUGGAUUGGACAUUGGAUUGUACUAGAAGUGCUUCAAAAACACCUCACUCCCGCACCCAGACAGUGACUAAAAUUCAGGUCAGCAUAGUCACUACAAUUAGCUUAUUUUUUGGAUUUCAUUAAUCUGGUUUUAAUGUUCAUUAAGCAUUCCUUUAUCUGCAGCCAAUAAGCCGGCGCUCUGUCUUUGUUCCUUUGCUAUUUUUCUUUAAAUCUGCUGCACUUCUCUCCCUGCAGAUUUAUGUCCAGAUUUAUGUUCAGUGUCCUCCCAGACUGUAAUCACUCUUACUGUAGCAGAUGCAAGGGUGAGAGGGGAAUGAAAUCUCUUCAAAAAGCAAUCCAAAGGGAGGUUGCAGGGGUCCAUCAAACAUGUCCGCAGAUUUCUGUGUGUGCACGUGUGUGUGCGUUGGUACUCUUACUCUGCGUAACCCCCUGCAGUGGUGGUAGAGUGAUAAUCAGGGCAGUCUCAUUAGCUGGUUUUACCCUAAAGGCAAAGUGGGAUGUCCCACUGGAUGACCUCUGCAUUGAUUAUUCCUUUCCAUUUUGACCCCUGACCUUGACUUCAUAUUUUUCAGUGAUAGCUGGGUAUUUGACAUCAGUUAAACGGGCCGCUCAUUUCUGAGGUCACAUGAAAGCUCCAGUGGGGAAAAACCCUGGUCUAUUGAUCAGCAAGCAAGAUACACUGUGGCGUAGACAGAGACCAUGUUUUAUCAUUUAACUAGAUUGGCCAGUCUGGAUGUUAUUUAUGGAAGAGGCAGGAUUGAUUGUAAGAGUCACAGCAAACAGGCGUGAUUUAGUACUGUACCAUGCAUGCUCAUCUAUUCAAUUAUUAUUCUGUUAGCUUCUGCCAAUGUGCAUCACAGCAAGAUUAUUCAAGUUUACUUUUUUCUGUCAGGCUCAAAUCAUCAUCUUUCUUUGAGUUUACCUGAGUGUAGACCUUCAUAAAGGGUUUCAAAUAAGGCAAAGGACACUCUCUUUUGAUUAAAUGCUUUAAAUCUUUGACUAACACUGGAAAAAAAAAAAACAACUCUUGUCAAGUGUAUUUGUUUAACUCCUUAUUCUAUUAUCUCAUAACACUUCAUAUUAACAACUCCAGAGUUAGAAACCAUGUCAAGAUAUUUUAAGCCAAAAGUGUUAAAUAAAAAGAGAUUGUAAUGUGUAAGAUUGGCCGUCAGGGUAGUAAGCAAUAUUUUCUUGAUAGGUGGCUUGAAAGAAGAUUUAAUACUUGAUUCAUAAAACUUACUCGUUCAGUUUUACUUGCUGCAGAGACAGCCAAAAUUACUCAUCGCAGCAAAAUAAGUCCUUAUUUUUGGGCUUGAAGUCCCUUGAAAAUUUGUCAGGAUUUAGUCAGUUUGGCUUGAAUUAAAGAUGUUGAGAUAUUUUGAACUGCAGGCACAUAUUAUGAGAUUCGAUGUUUUAGUGGUGCAAAACAAUCAGAUUUGAUAUUAAACACUUAACUAUCUUCAUGUGUGAUAUACAAAUAGGACAUGGUUUACAGCUUUUCAUAGGAACGAAGAAGUUGUAAAAAUAAGUCAAACAAUGUUAGCAAAAAUCAACAGGUUUAUAAGUUUUAUGAAGUUUAUACCUUGUUGGAGAAACAGAAGCUCUCAUCACUUUGUCCACUUUUUGUUCUUGCCAUGUGCAAGUCGUGUAUUCAGACAAAAUCACAUCUUUCUCAAAUCUGAAUAUCUAACAUGCAGCUUGAAAUAAAUCCUUGCAUAGAAAAAUAUAAACGAUCGCUAGUAAGGCUGCCUGCUGCAUCAAGGUAUUUAAAAAAUUACUAUAUAGAAUUAAUCAAUGUUGUCCCUGGCUGACGUGUUUGCUUUCAGGGGUCAUAAAGAGACAUCACUGUUAAUUUCAGUCUGUUUCUUUGCUAGGUAAACACUCCACAAAGGUGCUUUAAGGAACUAUGCAAAAAUAAACCAAUCUGGAGGUGGUUGGCGUGAUACACUCUGUGGACACCUAUGAGGUGAAACAGAGGCUGAGAACACAGUUUAUGACUCAGCGCUUGUUUUCUUAGAUGGGUUCAAGUUUGGUCAGAUGAGUGCUGGCCCAGGCUAUAUCCCAAAAAACUAAUAUAAAGACAAACCAUAAAGUAAUAUAACAUAGUGACUACCUCAGGGCCAAUCAAGUGACAUGUUUUUACAAAUAAUUCAGAGGCUGUGUGAGGUUUACAGAUACGACUGUGCAAAAGAGACAGUUGAACAAAACACAUGGCUGAAUAAGGGGACUGCUGAAAGGAGUAUUUACAGAUAGGUUUGUCUGAUCAAACAGUUGCUUUCCUCCAUCCUGAAUAGUGUUUAUGGUUUGAUCUUUGCAUGAGCGCUAAUGAGACAGCAGGGAGGAGAGGUGCAGCCUUGCAUUGUUAAUAAAACCACUGAGCUGUAAGAUAGGUCUGGCUAAACGGUGUAGAUCUAACAAUUGUGCUUGUUGUUCUUUUUGUCCCUCUUUGUCUCUUCUACUAUUUUUUCUCUCAGGUGAACGUUGUUCCAUUUUUCUGCACAGACCUCCUCAAACACCUGACGACCCAAAUCAGACUGCCUCUCAUUUAGGUUGGGAAAACUUUUCCAUUCACUGAGAAACCACCAAAAGAGCAUUCUCGUUUCAUUAGCUGAUGCUUGAUUGGUUACCCACAAUCCCAUGUUGACCCUGUCUUUUGUUUUGUUUUUCCUUAAGGGAUGCAGUGACUCUGGUCUUCCUGUUGGGCCUAACAGGCCAAAGCCAAGAGUUGAGACAGAACUCCCUCUGGAUCAGUUUUUCUUCCCUCCUGACUGGUUUCUUCAAAACCAGAACCCCUAACAAAUGGUGCCUAGCAGCUUCUGAAUCCAAAAUACAACAUAUGCCACCAAAAGAAUAAGAGAUAAAACAGUAAUAUACUGUAACAUUUUCCACGUACAGUUUUGUAGCUCAUUGUAUUUUCAGCUGUGACAGAGGAUAGCUGGACAUAACGCUGUUGAUACAAAAUUGAAAAGUACAGAUUCAGGAAGCAGCCAGCACUUUUGAAAAGCAUUCUUUGCUCUUGGACUCUACAAGGAUCUCAAAUGGACAGUAAUUCACAACUCUUGCUUCGAAUCAAAAGUGGCAAAAACUGAGGCCAACAUGAUUUACUGAAAUGAAACUGUGACACACAUCAAAGACUGUUAGCCAUAUGCCUUUCUUAGCUCUGUGUGCUCUGUGUUUUGCUAAUACUUGGCGUGCACACGUUUGUACAUGUGCUGGUUGCAGCUUUUCCCCUGGCCAGAAAACAACAGACACAGACACAACAUACAGACACACAUGUAUAGACAUGCCUGUAAACAGCUCUCUUUUAUCCCAGAAUGCAGUGGUGAUUUUAUGGGAUGGGGCAGGGUGCUUUUUUUCAGGGGAAGGCUGUGUGUACCAGUGUUUGUUCUGUGCUCUUCUGUGCUGUCUUCAACAUGACCUAUAAACAGAUUA